CUAUAAAUGAGACUGAGCUAGAUAGUCUCGACACCCGCCUUCCCACCGCUUGCCUAUUGACUCUCUCCGCGUGUUGUUUCCCUGCCUUGCAUCGGGAUGUCUGAACCAAGACCAUUUGAGUCAAAGCCGAACAACUCGGAGCCUUCGGCUUCCCCGGACCCCAGUCCUGGCUUGCCAGAGAUUAAGCCGACGGAGCUUAUACCCGACACGAUCGACGACGAUGAUCAGGAAGAGUGGAAGCCCAGAGGUCCAACGAACCACACCGUUGCUGGCAAGCCCGUCAAGCAAACCGGCGGCGUGCGCCGUUAAGACCCUAGCUAGGGAAGUUGUUCGCCGCGCACAAGCCGCACGCGUGCAUGUCUAGUUGAAGAAUUGGUCUUGCAUACAUCGGCUUGAACAUUCACCAACGUGUACUAUACGGCGUGUGCAGCAGUGCAGUGCAAGCAGUAAAUUACAUGC